AGUAUAUCUAGCGAGUCCAAAAAUUGAAUUGAAUUAAAAGGGACUGUAAAUGACAUUGAAAUGAAAGUGACAGGACCUUACACAAAUCAAAAAUAAGAAAUGGGAGGAACUACGAGGGGCGUGGCCAAAUAUAGUUUGGUUGGACUGAAGCGCAUACACACAAUGGCUGCUGGAAAGAGGCGAAAGCAAACAAUUUUCAGGCCCGUCGCGUCUAGCAAAAAAUAUGAGAAAAAAAUUAUUAAAAAUUCGGAAAAUAGUUGAAAGUCAAGAAAAACCCAACAGAAAGGAUGUUAAAGCGUCCGGGGCCCCUCAGUCCUGGCCGUGUUGAGCACAUAGCGCUGGACAGAGAGCCUGCCUCAGAGCGCGUCGGGCCCCGCGCCGCCGUCCCCGGAGCCGCUCUGCCUUAGGGUGCCAUGGCCACGGGUCCCCAGGAGCCCCGUCCACACGUCCUGGAGAAAGCCAAACUCAUGCCGGCCACCGGGAGGCGCAGGAGAGCCGAGGGGAAGCCCAAAAAGAAUUUCCCCUGCCAGGUGUGCCAGAAGGCCUUCAACAGCGUGGAGAAGCUCAAGGUGCACUCGUACUCGCACACGGGGGAGCGGCCGUACAGAUGCUCCCACCCCGAGUGCACUAAGGCCUUCGUCUCCAAAUACAAGCUGCUACGGCAUACGGCGACUCACUCCCCCGAGAAAAACCACAAGUGUUCGUACUGUGAGAAGAUGUUCCACCGCAAGGACCACCUGAAGAACCACCUGCACACGCACGACCCCUACAAGGAGGCAUUCGCCUGCCCGCAGUGCGGCAAGAGCUACAACACUAAGCUGGGCUUCAAGCGCCACCUGGCCCUGCACGCCGCCCACAGCGGCGACCUCACCUGCCAGGUGUGCCUGCAGCCGUACGCCAGCACGGCCGUGCUGCUGGAGCACCUGAAGACGCACGCCGGCAAGUCGUCCAACGGCGCCAAGGAGAAGAAGCACCGGUGCGAGCACUGCGAGCGGCGCUUCUACACACGCAAGGACGUCCGCCGCCACAUGGUGGUGCACACGGGCCGCAAAGACUUCCUGUGCCAGUACUGCGCCCAGCGCUUCGGCCGCAAGGACCACCUGACGCGGCAUGUGAAGAAGAGCCACGCGCGCGAGCUGCUCAGGGUCAAGACGGAGCCGGCUGACUCCCUGGAGACCUUCGUCUGCGACCUGACGCCUCAGCUCGCGGGCUUCAAGGGCGAGCUUUCGCCCCCCCCGUCAGCGCCGCUCCCACGGCCGCUGCAGCUCAACAUGUACGCGGCGGCGGCGGCGGGGGCGGCGCCCGGCCUGGACCCGGAGCCCUUCCCCGGGCCCAUGCACCCCUUCUCGCUGAAGUACCCGCUGGGACAGCCCAGCUUUACCUCAUACGGUGCCAUGUCGGUGGCGCAGGAGCGCGAGCAGAGCCUGAAGGGGGAGCUAGAGACCUACCUGAUGGAGCUGCAGAGUGCCAUGCCCUCCUCCUCCGCCUCCUCCGCCUCCGCCGCCUCCGCCAGCGCCUCUGCCUCCGCCACCCAGCUCUCCGUCUCCAAGCUGGAGCUGGGGCCGCAGGUGUUGGCGGAGGAGGGCGGCGAGGCCUCCUCCAUGUCCAAAAUGCCCGCGUCGGGGCCGGCGUUGGGGCCGGCGUUGGGGGUCAUGGCGGGCGAGGCCCUGGCCUCUUCCUCCUCCCUGCUGGACUUCUCGCAGCUCUUUAAUUUCCUGCCCCUGCACGGCCCGCCGUACCACCCUGCGGGGGCGGGCCCCUCGGUGACACUGGGGGCCCCGUACCCCCCCGCCCACGAGCCCGCCGCCCUGGUCCGGUCCCCAGAGGGCCCCGAGGCCAGGGAGGGGGCUCUGCAGGGGCUGCCCGCUUCCUUCAUUUCCAACCUGAGCGCGCCCACCACACUGCCCCGCUUCCACCAGGCCUUCCAGUAA